AUGGGUAAAGCUGUGGCUCAGAUUCGAGAAGUGGCUGAUUAUUUACAGACCUUAGCGGUUCAGGCUGAUGUCCUAAAUGUGAAGUAUGAGUUAGAGUCGGACCAGGGUUGUGAGCUAGCUUACCUUCUUAAGAAAGUUAAAGCUUUGAGCAUUAGGGCUAAGCUUUACCCUGGAACAUCAAUACUACACACAGAAAAAGUCCAAAGUUAUGGAUCAAAGAUUGGAAAAAUUGGAACAAAUGCAGAAAGAAAUACAGGAACAGAUGCAAGCGCAAAUGCAAGAACUGGUACUUCGGCACCGCUAAAUUUUCCAACGGGCUCAUGUUGUAACCCCGAAGACAAUCGUGCAAAUCCUACGGUCCCUGACUUCGAUGAGGUCGCAGAAGUAGGAAAGGCAGUAGCAGAAUUUCCAAAGCGGCUAGAAGACCGAUACAAGUGGUUGGAAGAAAAAUUCAAGGCGUUGGAAAGCGAUGAUUAUCAUUGCGAAAUGGAUGCCAGGAAGUUGAGCCCGGUCCCGGAUUUGGUACUCCCUCCGAAUUUUAAAAUGGCAGAAUUUGAAAAGUACAACGGAACCAGUUUCCCUGAGGCUUAUAUCAUGAUGUUUUGUCAGAGAAUGACUGGUCAUGUCAAUAAUGAUCAGUUAUUGAUCCACUGUUUCCAAGACAGUUUGGCUAGGGCUGCGGCUAAGUGGUACAAUCAAUUAAGUCGUACCCAAGUCAAAUCAUGGAAAGACUUAGCGCAGGCCUUCAUGAAACAAUAUGGCCAUGUGACUGACAUAGCGCUUGAUAGGAUCACAUUGCAAAACAUGGAGAAGAAGUCAAAUGAAAGUUUCAGGCAAUACGCUCAAAGAUGGAAGGAGAUUGCUACACAAGUCUAA